CAAGCAGGCGGGCUACUGGCUAACAAGUUGAUUCAAUAUCGGUGGUUUCUAGUCUUUAGAAACAUUGCCAGUAAUGUUAAGUUAAUUUUUAACCAAUUUAACUUCAAUAUCGGAUUAAGAUGACGUCGCUGGGCUGAGGAAGAGUCGAGGCAUCACCAACGGUCGCAGUAAUACACAGAUAUAAACAUUAUAACGUCGUCAGCUAACAGUUAGCAGACAAACUGAAUAUUUACAGGCAGACAUCCUCCAGGAGACCCCCGGCGAAACAAAGAGGCUGUGUUGUGAAUGUAAUGGUGCUUUCUGCUGCCUGAGCUGCAAGAGAUAUGCAGUCUUCGUAGCAGCACUGGCAGGCCUGACUCUGGAUUAACACGACCAUGGAGUCCUCCUCUGAGUCCCAGCAGGAGCCUGAGAAAACUUUGCACCAUGCAGAGUUGAGAGAGCAUCAUGCCACCUCCGCUGCCGUUGUGAGUGGGGAUGAAACCCUCCUUCUGACCCCAGGCAGGAUGAGCCAGCGCCAGGUGAAGGAGAGGGACAAGGAGAGGGAGAAGGAGGCGGGCCUCCAAACGCCCAACAGGGAACACGUUGCCACCCCCUCUAACCUGAGCCCGGGGGUCAGCUACAGCCAUGGUUUCGAGAGAGGGAAAGAGGACCUGUUGUCUCUGCCUUUAAAAGAGGACACACAUUCCAUAUCUAAGAGCAAGUCUGAAACAAAGUUGUACAAUGGCUCUGACAAGGAUGUGUCGGCAUCCGGAGGGAAGCUCACCAAAAAGGAGUCCCUCAAGGUGCAGAAGAAAAACUACAGGGAAGAAAAGAAGAGGGCGACCAAGGAGCUGCUCAGCACCAUCACUGACCCCUCUGUCAUUGUCAUGGCCGACUGGUUAAAGAUCCGUGGCACUCUGAAGAGCUGGACCAAGCUGUGGUGUGUCCUGAAACCAGGCGUUCUUCUCAUCUAUAAAACCCACAAAAACGGACAGUGGGUGGGGACGGUGCUGCUGAAUGCCUGUGAGCUCAUUGAGAGGCCUUCCAAGAAGGACGGCUUCUGCUUCAAGCUGUUUCACCCGCUGGAGCAGUCCAUCUGGGCUGUCAAGGGCCCCAAAGGAGAAGCAGUCGGCUCCAUCACUCAGCCAUUACCCAGCAGCCACCUUAUCUUCAGGGCCGCGUCUGAGUCUGAUGGUCGAUGCUGGAUGGACGCCUUGGAGCUGGCCCUGAAGUGCUCCAGUCUGCUGAAGAGGACCAUGAUCCGUGAGGGCAAAGAGGACAUGAGCACUGUAGCCACCGGUGGAGAACACUCCAUAAAUUUCUACAGCCUCCUCCGAGCCCACAACAUCCACGGCUUCCAGUUCAAUGACAGCGACCAUUUAAAAGACCCAGACCUGUACUCAGACAAGUCAGACAGGGAGGGGGAGCAGGACCAUGAGGAGUCGGACCCAGAAGGCCUGGAGAAGAGCGAGGAGAGUGACAGUGACACAUCAGAACGCCAAGACGACUCUUACAUUGACCUGGAUCCUAAUGAGCAUCUACGGGAAACCUCUUACCUGGAGCAGUCCCACGAGGAGCUCGGAGAGGCUGGUGAAGCCGCACAGACAGAGACGGUAUCAGAGGAGAAUAAAUCUCUGAUCUGGACUCUGCUGAAGCAGGUGCGGCCUGGCAUGGAUCUGUCGAAGGUGGUGCUGCCCACCUUCAUUCUAGAACCAAGGUCGUUUCUGGACAAACUCUCUGACUACUACUACCAUGCAGACUUCCUGUCAGAGGCCGCAAUCGAAGAGAACGCCUACAACCGGAUGAAGAAAGUGGUGAAGUGGUACAUCUCUGGAUUUUACAAAAAGCCAAAGGGAUUGAAGAAGCCUUACAACCCCAUUAUUGGAGAGACGUACCGCUGCAUGUGGCUCCAUCAGAAGACCAACAGUAAGACGUUCUACAUCGCAGAACAGGUUUCCCACCAUCCUCCAGUGUCUGCUUUCUAUGUUAGCAACAGGAAGGAUGGAUUCUGUGUCAGUGGCAGCAUCCUCGCCAAGUCCAAAUUUUAUGGAAACUCUUUGUCGGCCAUAUUGGACGGGGAGGCUCGGCUAACAUUCCUAAACAGAGGAGAGGACUAUGUGAUGAACAUGCCGUACGCUCACUGUAAAGGCAUCCUGUACGGCACCAUGACCCUGGAGCUGGGCGGUGUAAUCUCCAUUGUGUGUGAGAAAACGGGCUACAGUGCUCAGCUGGAGUUCAAACUGAAGCCGUUCCUGGGCAGCAGCGAUAGCGUGAAUCAGGUCUCUGGGAAGAUCAAGCUUGGAAAGGAGGUGCUAGCUACACUAGAAGGACACUGGGACAGCGAGAUCUUCAUUAAUGACAAGAAGACGGGGACGUCGGACACAUUUUGGAAUCCAACUCCAGACCUGAGGCAGAGUCGACUGACACGCUGCACCGUCCCACCAGAAGAGCAGGGAGACCUGGAGUCAGAAAGGCUGUGGCAGCACGUGACCCGAGCCAUCAACAACAAGGACCAAACGGAGGCCACCAACGAGAAGUUCAUCCUGGAGGAGGUUCAGAGGAAAUCUGCGCGUGAGCGGAAGGCCAAAUGUGAGGAGUGGAUCCCCGCUCUGUUUGAGCAGGACCCAGUCACUGGGGAGUGGCAUUACAGAUAUGCCGACACGAGGCCCUGGGAUCCCCUCAACGACCUGAUCCAGUUUGAGAAAGACGGCUGUAUCCAGACCAAGGUCCGACACCGCACCCCUAUGGUACGUUCUGGCAGUCUUAUUAGUCUGAGUAACCAGGCGCCACGGAGGGACAAUUGCAAGUGCCAGGUAACGGUGCCAAAGAGGAAACACAAGAGUGACAAGCCGAAGAGCCCGGAGAGUGGCUGCUCGUCACCUGAACCCGACCGCCAAGACUCGUCUGGCAGCGAACGACACAAAAGCAAGCAUAACAGUCGGCUGAGGAAAAAAGGAGCAGACCUCAGUGAACUUCAAAGUGCCAUUGAAUCUAUAAAGCAGACGCAGGAGGACAUAAACAGGAGCAUCAGCGUGCUGCGGAGCCGUGCAGCCGGCCGAGCGGAGGGCGCCUCCUUCCUCCAGCAGCGCGACUACGUCGUCAUCGUGUUUCUGGUCCUCCUUCAGGUUCUGAUCAACUACGUCUUCAAGUAGCAGCCAUACCCCACAGAGAGAGUGGUGCCCUCAGACACACAGAAACACACUCCUGUCACACUCCCUGAACAUGAGGCGCCACAGGAUGGACAUCAAGACGUGAACUUUUACCACAGGAGUCUCACCAAACUCCUCCUCUCUUUCAUUCUUAAAUCACCAACACACGUCCAGAAAAGUGGAGCCUGAUACAUGAAAAGAGACUUUUAAAAACUUUAUUUUUAACCAGUUCAUUCCAAAAACUCUGGGGAGAUCCGCAGAUUUCAAAGAGGAGACGAGCAGCGAUAAGGAGGAAGACUUGGGGGUGCGAUAAAGUCUCGACUGCCACUCCGGAGCUCACUGAUUUGCCUUGAUGUAAGAGGCAAAAACAGCAGCUGUUUUUAGCUGCUGUUUGUUUUCUUUGAUUCACAUUUCACCUCAAACAACAGGGAACCUUUGAAACAUGAGGAGAUGAGUGCUACGACUCAGAUGGUAACAGACUUUUUAAGAAACACCUUUAAUUUUAAUGUUUUUUUAAUCAUUUUGUUUCCUUGCUUUGUGUGUCUUUUGUGAAUAGAAGUCUGCUUGGAACAAAAGUGGCGAUAAGGGAGACGAAAACAAAGUGGUCCAAUCUAUGUGACUUUUAUUUUUUUAUUAUCAGAUGAUUUUCUUAUUGGCUGGUGGAAAAAAAAGGAAGAGGGAGACGAUAACAAACGAUACAUUAAAAGGAACAGAAGCUAUAAUUUCUGCUGUAUAAUAACUAACUUCACAUUUUGCAGUCGAGUGUUUCAAAAAGAAGACAAAUGCCUGAAACGUCAUUAUAAUCUGUAGGUAGCAUGUACAGACAGAGGAGUGUUAGGACUUUAGCCCAUGUACAGUAUUUUGUCUUAAGGCACAAAUGCACUGGAAAUGUCUGAUAAAAACCGAAGGUCAAAAACAUUUUCUAGUGAGGUUUUUCCUGAUCUUCAGCAACCACUGCCUCAGUUUCAGGUCAAAAAUUUGAUGUUUUUAAUCCGUCUGCAGAGAUAAGCCAAGCAAGAUCAUCUGAGACCUAAAAACAAGAUUUGGAAAUAAAUUAAAAAAUCAGAUCUACACUUUUUCAGCAGAGUUAGAUAAAAGAGAUUGAUACCACUCAAAUAUAAGUACAUUUAAUAUGGCAAAUGCACUGCAAAAAUCAUACCCUAGCAAGUAAACUGUCAGAUUUCCUGUGAAAAUUAUCCAGUUCACGUUUAAGGUCAAUGUAUAGGUCAGUUCAAUUAUAGAGAGCUUUUGUGUCAAAGUGCUUUACAGGAAAAACUUAACACAGGGAACUUAUAAAACCACAAACUGAAAGAUUUUAACAAGGUAAGAGAAUUUGGGGGAUGGACAAAUAAAUAGUGUGCGUAUAGGAGAAUAACUUCAAAUCUUAUUAAACACAAAUGAUAAAUGAAUUCAGUGGACUAAAGUCAAGAAUACACCCAGAAAACAGGGUGUAUCACACCAGCAGUGGGUAAACAAUGCAGAGUUUCUUUGCUGAAUGUGGAAUGUGCAUUGCUGUGCUGAAUUUCAUUACUUAAUACUUUGGUUAUAUGCGAGGUUAAACUGUUACAGUCUUUAUGCAACGUCAUCCACAUCUUCUAGAUAAAAAAUCUUGAUAAUUUGCACUGUUUCUAUAAGAUGCUAUCAGAUCGCUCUUGUUAACAUCACAGUAAACAGCAUUAGCAGCAAGGAAGUAGCCACUAUUCACAACUCUAGUGGCUACUAGUGGCAGGUGACUGUAUUUCACUCUAGACAAAGCAUUUGACCAGGUUCUGGCCUUGGACUGAUUAAAAUAUUAGGUAUAGAGGUUACCAAUUUUAGCCAUUAAGUCGGCUAACUGCAUGUAUCUCUUAACAUGCACGUACAGGCAUACCUCUUACACAGACUCACAAUGCCAUAGCUAAAAAUUAACUGUCUCAGACAGAGAUUGUGCAGCUACAGGCAUUAAGGCAUUCACAAUAUAAGACUGGAUCAUAGUUCCCGACUCUAAUUCCUUGGAGCCUCUGCUGCUUGUAUCUCAGAUAAGCUGAGCCUCCACCCAGGACUCAGAUGAUAAAACCUGCUGUCAAAAUUAGCACCAGUUUUGCUUGAUUUCAUUAAUAAAAUUCCAACAUAACUGACCUAAACACUCAUUAUCUUACCUUAGGAUCAUUGUACAAUCUAACGUGUUUUUUGUCAUUAUGAGCAAAUCUGACAAAACACACUUUGACAGAAACAUCUUUUUCAAGAUAUAUGAAGGGUUAAAAAAGGUCUGAAUUGCUUGCAAUAAGUUAAAAUGUCUGCAACUGUAGUUACGAAAUUUACUCAAAUUUGUCAGUAUGAUGCGUUUAUCUCUUUUUACGAGACACUAAAGCCAAAUUUGUUUGGUAAAAUGGUUGAUUUUUACUUACUGCAAGUAAUUCAAGCCUUGUGUUUUGCUUUUUGUGUCUUGAAAUGAUAUGCUGUUUGGACUUUUUAGUUAAAUAUGGAUCAUAUUUAUUGUAUUAAGAUAUUCUUAAAAAUAACUAGAGAACUGGACUUGCUAAGAUGUGAGAUUUUGCAGUGGAGUUAGUUUAGCUUAACAUAAAGACAGGAAAAGGCCUAGAAGAUCUGGUUGCAGACCUCUAUGGUGGGGCGUUCGACUUCAGACCUCUACAGUCGGGCGACCUUGACCGUGGCCUAGGAAGUGGUGCACAUUACCCAAGCCGGAACCAGAAUGACGUAUAUUUUCUGCUCUCUGUCAGAGGUUAUGAUAACUGGCUGUUUUUCACAACAGCAGACUUUUCUGAAUCAAUAUUGAAAAAUUUACUGAGGGGGAUAAAUUGACAUUUAACAUGACACAAACCAAGGAAAACCCAAAAAGGGUGAGGGUUAGGCACCUGAACCCUAAGGGUUAGGGUAAAGGAGAUGAAAUUAAAAAUUAAAAGUCACAAACCAUGGAAAAACCUGCAACAGAUGAGCCCAAACGCAUCAGCAUAGAUGUCUGCAGUCAGAUGCUGCCUGGAAAAGGAGAAAACAGUUAGUUUGCUGUUUGAAGCCUACAUUAUAGCUUAUUUGGAUAUGCAUCACAAAGAAUCUGUUUUUGUCAACAAGUCACUGGGGUAGAAGCUAAUCAAAGCUUGCUAUGUCCUACAUCACACACCACAUUCAGAAUUAUUUUACUCAGAAUUUAACCAUGAUUUUCAGGACCAGCAUCUGACAAAUAGAAGAUCUGAAGCCAGUGAUUGAAACAAAAAUAGAUUUAGUAAGUAAGCAGGUCCUUUUCUCAUUGAUGUCGGUACAAUCUGACUCAUUUAUGCAGCCAGCAGAGUGCUCCAAAUAAAGCAAGAAGUAGGGCAAUUUUUAAUUGACUUCUUUUGCAAGUUGCUUGCACAAAAGUUGCAUCAUCUUUUAGUCAAGCUGACUAAGCUGACUCAUUUUACUCUAAAAAUAGAGCAGAAUCAAUCUCCUAAUCUAACUCAUGGUGAAAAAGUAAAUCAAUACACAGCUCAGAAAAGAUUCUGUUACCUUAUAUUGAAUAUAUAUAAUUUCAGAGUCAAGCUUGCAUCCAUUUAAACAGAAAACGAAGUUAUUCCGACUCCAUGUGAAGCCAUGGCAGAGACGCCUAAACACUCCUUUUAGCUGCCGUCUGCAGCUCCAUCAGGUCAAGUGAUCACUUCCAGUGCUUUUGCGCCUCAGUUGUUCACCAGGAAAAACUAGAUUAGAAACUUUAGUAAGCCACUAGUGGGAGGAGAAACUAGACUUUUUCUAAUUACUACUAUCGACAUAGUAACCAUUCCAAAUGUACGCAAGUACCAGCCAAACUCAGUGUGUAGUGUAGGCGUCGGCCCCGUUCACUGUGUAAAUAUACGACGGGCUGACGUGUUCUUCACCAGAAGCUCAACACGAUACGGACACUCCACGCUCUGUGCACAAGCCGGUCUUUACAACCGUGUGUGUCUUUUCUGUCCACUGCUCUGUAGAUUCACAUAGACAUGAGCAACAAUAAAUAUCAGAGAACCGGGGUACACCGUGAGAUCUCCAUCAAAAACCAAGCCAGUUGGUAUCAGGAAGCUGUUUUUAUUCUGGAUGUCCCAGUUUGUUGCCUUCACCUUUGGAAAGUUGGCUGAAUGAGCAAAUUUUUAUGAUUAAAUGACACUUAAACAGUGAAACAAGACUGAGUGAUUUAUGAAAACUUCCAGAAUUAAGGCCUGUGUUUAUCAGCACUGUCAAGGAAAACUGACUUUAGUGAAAGUUGCCACAAGACCUUAUUCAGAGGUUAAGAAAUAGUCAGUGUCAAAGCUCAAGUAAUGCUUAUAUUGCCAUUUUUAAUUAAUAAAUUGGACUGUAUUAAAGAAAAGAAGUAAUGUAAUGAAUUAAAAGGCUUAAACACAGUUAUUAAAACUAUAAACUUUAAUGCUGAGUUCAUAAAACAAGUUAGAAUGAGCUUAUUUUUGAGUAGAUUCAGUGCCAACUAGUGGUGUCACCCCCCGGCUGGAUUUAUGUUAGAAUAAAGAAUAAAGAUGGCAGGCCCUCCUAAAAUGUUUUUUUUUUUUUUUUUUUCCAGAAGAAAGGCCACAUCCACUUCUUUUAUUUCAGUUAAUGCAAUGAAAUCUGCAAACAGGCUUGUAUGCAGAAAAGUGUGUUUGGUUUGCAGCAUCAAGCAAAGAUGAAGGCAUCAAACUGGCGCAUUUACACUACCCUGUUAAGUUUCAGUAACAUUUGAGGCAAUUAAAUAUUCUAUGACUCCUAUCAGAGCACCAUCAUGUCACGUCAUGAUGUCAGCCUUGUCGACGUUUACAUAUCCGAUUGCCUCCGCUGUCAGCAGACUGUUGAGUGAUAUUUAAAAAAAAAAAACCACAGGUGUAAAGAGAGACUUGUAGCACGGUCAAGAGCCAGCUGUACCCCCCUGUAAGUUACCCGGCUGGCCCGUGUGUAUCUGUAUGUGUAUUUUUGUGUAUCCUCAUUGCCUCGAUCGUUCAUCUUAAAUCUAGAUGUUAGAAUGUGGAGAAUUAAAACAGUGCCUUUCUAGAGUCAGACUGGGGAGGGGGUAGAUCGAGGGUUUAGAGGAGGUCAGCGGGAGUGUUGGAGGUGUGAUGUGGAGCGUGAAUACAGUAAAAAUCUUGAGGUAAAGAAGGGAAUAAUCUGGGAUAAAGAUAUUAGACGCUUCCAGGACUUUGGCCAAUUUGUUCAAAAUAAAUCCAAAGCAAAAUAUCAAACAUGUUUAAUAGAUAUGAUUUGAUUUGGGAGGCUCAAAUUUAUACAAGAGAAGAGAAUUUCCACAUCAAACCUUUUGAAAAACUUGGCCUAGGACUGGAACUUUUGCAUAAACUUUAGCCAUGAUAGAUUUUUAGAGCGAACGUGCCAUACGAAGCCUUAGAAACAAGUCUCCACACCUCACCUCCACCUCCUGCUCCUCCUCCUUCUUAAGCGUCGCCACAGCAUCACACCUGUAGGUUUUCCGCACGCUGAAUCCUGCCACGGGAGGGAAAGAGAGUGGAGAGAGCGAUCCCUCCUCUACAUCCUCUCUCGCUCUCUCAAACACCAAAAUUCAGAGGGAAAUAAAACAUCUCUGCGCUCUGUUGUUGUUGCUGUAUCUGUAAAAUAUGUUCACAUUUUAUUUAUUCCUCUUUUAUAUGUGGGUUUAUGUUGUUUUUUUCUGCUUAUAGCAUAAGGUCACUGUAAUUUUUCUUGUUUUUUCAACGCUGAUUUUGAAAUCAGAGAUGCGUGGUUUUUAUUACUCUCAAUGUUACAACAAAGCGACUGUCCUCAACUUGUGCACACUGUCAACUCCCCCGUCCCCUUCGCCCUGAAUUUAUCCACCCACCUACCCACAAUUUUCCACUUCAAGUACCUGAAUAUAUUUACUGUAUCUCCAUUGACGCUAUAACUUCCAAAAUGUAACAUAACACAGAAUAAAAUAAAUGACAUCCUGAG